AUGGGCAAGAAAGACGAGCUGGUGGAGAAAGCGCAGCGCCAACGCGAAGAAGCUGAGGCUGCUGCCAAGAAGGAGCUGGAAAGGCGGGAGCAGGAGAAGGAGCAGGAGCGUCAGGAAGCCGAGCGCCAAAAGCGGGAAGAGCAGAAGAAGGUUGAGGAGGAGAACAGACGAAAGCUGGAGGAGCUCCAGGCGAAGGAAAGAGAGCGAGUGCAGCGGGAAGCUGCCGAGAGGCGCAGACAGGCCGAGAAGGCAGAGGAGGAGAUGAAGAAGAAGGAGGCCGAAACGCGCGACCAGCGUGUGAAGGCCAGUGUAGAGGCCGCCAAGAAGCACCAGGCUGACCGCGCGGCCGCUAAGGCCGCCAAGGAGGCUGAGUCCCUCUAUGGAGACAUGCCACAGCCAGACGCAGACUCCGCAGCCGCCUCGGAGGUGGCCAUCUUCGUCCUCGUGGCUCUCAGUCAUGGACUGAAGUAUGACGUCAUCAAGGACGCAACCGACAAACAGCCAGGUUGCAAAGGCCGGAAGAGCAAAAGCAAGACGACUUGCUCCGAAGUGGCGGAUGAUGAAUGCGACGGGACCUGGAUUGAGCACGCGGAUAGCAUAUUGCAGUGCAAGCUCACCAAAUCCGGGUGCUUGUCUACGGGUCCGCUGUGCAAGCCAGUUGUGGGUCCCGGCAUCGGCAAGGAUGGCAUCGUGGCUUGGUACAGGAGUGAGGAUGCCGAGCCAGUCUGGAAGAGCAAGGUGGGCAGUUUGGAGGCCAAGGCGACCCAUGGUAGCGUGGAGGUGAAGGUCGAGAAAGGAAAUGGGGCUGGCAAGCCCGUGAAAUACAUCUAUGGCAACACGAAUGCGUACUAUGACUUUGGAAAAAUCCUGAAGAAGGGCUUCACGAUUUGCUCUGUCAGCCGCUAUGCCGGAGGCCACACGAACCGUGUUCUCCAAGCCAGCGGGAUGAACUGGUUGCACGGCCAUUGGUCCUCUCGAACCGGCGUGGCGCAUUACCAGACAUGGAACACUCCAAGCUCGGGACCGAACAACAAGGAAUGGCUGGUGUACUGCGGCACGUCUGGAAAGAGGGUCAUGAAUGGCGCGGGGAAGAACAUAGCCAACAACAAGGCCAAUGAUCUCACAAGAGACUACAACCUGGUGGUCAACACGCCAGGCGAACGCUCGGAGUUUGGCGUCAUGGAAGUCAUCGUGUGGAACAAGCAUCUCAGCGAAGAUGACAUGAAGAAAGUCGUCGAGUACCUGAACGCCAAGCUCGAGCACGGCUCUUCCUAG